GUUUUUUAUUUUUCUUAAUUCUUUGACCGAGAGAGACAGAGGAAGACGAAGGGAUCCUUCUUGGUGGCUCUCCUUUUUUGAGCCCCCCGGUUCCUCUCCUUCCUCCCUGCUUCCCUCCGCUCUUGAGGUAGAAGAAGGGGAGGAAGGAAGCCAGUGUGAGCACGCUUCUGACAGGCAGAUAGAGAAGAGGAGGAGAGAGAACUUCCCGUUCUCGCUUUUGAUCAUAGGCUCAAGUCUUCGGGUGAGAGGGUCGCGUAUGUGCGGAGGACCAGAGGGCUUGAAGAAACAGGCGUUGCGUUGUGGGAUGGAGGACGCAGGGUUCUGCGUUGGCGUCAGCAAGGUUACCACCGCCUGCUCCGCUCUCCUGGAGCUCUCUGCUUCCGAUGACCUGAUUGGGUUCAAGCAGGCCGUCGAAGAGGAUGGCUCCGCCAUCGAUGAGGCCAGCUUCUGGUACGGGGGGUCUUCCGACAGGAAGAUGGGCUUCGUCCAGAGGACGCCGCUGAUGAUCGCCGCGCUCUUCGGCAGCACCGACGUCCUCAAGUACAUCAUCUCCACCUAUUCCACAUGCGGCAUCGACGUGAACCGUGCGUCUGUUUCUGAUGGAGCCACCGCGCUCCACUGUGCCGCGUCUGGUGGCUCCCCGGCCUCUGCCCAACUCGUCAAGCUUCUGCUCGAGGCCUCGGCUGAUGUUAAUUCCGUCGAUGCGAUAGGAAACCGGCCGGGAGACCUCAUCCCCACGUCUUCCCCUGUUCUAUCAAAGUCCAUAGACGAUCUCAAGUCCUUGCUGAACGUUAACGGCGACGGAAAGUCAUCUCCGGUGGCUCGGACGCUCAAAUCCGGGGUGGAGAAGAAGGAGUACCCCGUGGAUCUCUCCAUGCCUGACAUCAAGAACGGCGUCUACAGCACGGAUGAGUUCAGGAUGUACACGUUCAAGGUGAAGCCCUGUUCCAGGGCCUACUCCCAUGACUGGACCGAGUGCCCCUUCGCUCAUCCGGGCGAGAACGCGAGGCGGAGAGACCCCAGAAGAUACCACUACAGCUGCGUUCCCUGCCCUGACUUCAGGAAGGGUGCUUGCCGCCGGGGAGAUGCCUGCGAGUAUGCUCAUGGCGUCUUCGAGUGCUGGCUCCACCCUGCCCAAUACCGCACCAGGCUGUGCAAGGACGAGACCAACUGCACCAGACGCGUCUGCUUCUUCGCCCACAAACCAGAAGAGCUCCGAUCCUUGUACCCUUCCACCGGCUCUGCCCUCCCUUCCCCGAGGUCGAUGGGACUCGAUUCUCCUGUGCUCAACCCGUUGACGCUUAACUCACCUUCUGUUCUUUUGGGCACCCCACCGAUGUCGCCCUCCGCCAGCAUCGGCUCUUCAUCCUCUUGGCAGCAGCUUGGCGGUUGCGCCGGUGGCCUCCAGGCGAGCAGGCUGAGGGCAGCACUCAGCGCUCGCGAUCUGACCCUUGACGACCUUGUGGAGUUGGAGGGACAUCAGCAACUUCUGGACGAUCUCGCUGCUGUGGCCGCAUCCUCUUCACCACCCCUUCAGCAACCAAGGCUCGGCUCCCUUGCCGCUGCUACCGCCCUUGCUGCGUCCGCCGGCAGCCGCAGUGGGAAAUUCAGGAACAUUUCUGGGUCUGCUAUGCAUUCAGCCAACCUCGAAGACAUGUUCGCGUCCGAUGUACUUUCCCAAAUGGCAGCCGCGGACUCCGCCGGCUUCGAUCACAACUCCAUCCUGUCGCUUAAAGCAGCGGCCGCCAUGGCCCAGAUGCAGUCGACGAUGCGUCCAAACGUCAGCUAUGGCAUCCCUUCCUCUCCCGUGAGGGCCUCUUCUCCGCAUCUGGGCGUCGACCUUAGCUGCGGAUCGUCUUCGCCCAUGAUGUCCCCUGCCCUGGCCACGGCGGUCAUGAACUCUUCGAGGUCCGCCGCCUUCGCCAAGCGCAGCCAGAGCUUCUGCGACCGCGGUGCGGCGGGGGUUGGCCUGACGACACCUACCACAUUGUCAAAGUUGUCAAAUUGGAGCUCCCCCAACGGGAAACUCGAUUGGGGGGUUCAGGGAGAAGAGCUCAACAAGCUGAGGAAGUCAGCGUCCUUUGGCAUCCGCAGCAGCGGCGGAGCGUCUGCCCCCAAGGAGGAGGAGCCGGAUGUGUCGUGGGUGCAGUCGCUGGUGAAGGACGUACCUCCAGGCUUCGGGCACAACAGAGAUGGUGUGCAGAACAGCUUCCAAGGUUCGGGCGUCUCUGGUUCCGGCGGGUCGUUCGCGCCGUGGGUUGAGCAGUUGUACAUGGAGCAGGAACAGAUGGUGGCUUGAUCCGACCGCAGUCCACCGCUCACCUUUGCUGCCAAGAUUUCUUUAUUUUGGAAAAACUUAACAAUUCGUUAAUAUUUAUUGGUUAUUUAGGGAAAAGCAUACAGGCGCUGCUCGACGGAGGCAAAGGGAAACGGGGCAAAGCGCCUGACGAUGAUGCUUUUUUUCUUCUUUUUUUCUUUCUUUCACAAUAAAAUUUAGGCGUUCAAAGCCUGCAAUUGUCCUGAUAAUUGGGGCUUUCAUAUUCCAUUCCAUAUUUGUAUGUUUCUAAUGAAGAGAUGUAAAUUGUAGUUGAUCGACUUUGCUGCUUC